AUGUACAUGCAUACGUGCAUACAUACACCAGGUAGGAAUAUACAUAAAACAUUGAUAGCACAUUGUAUAUCUGUCAGUAAAUCAAGAGGCGUGUACUGGAGCAGACGAGAAAUGGUGCUUGAUAUAAACCUGUUUAGAAAGGAGAAAGGGGGAAACCCUGAAAAAAUAAAGGAAUCAGAAAGGAAGAGGUUCCAUGAUGAAACAAUCGUAGACAAAGUGAUCGAAUAUGAUGAGAAGUGGAGGAAAUGCAUAUUCAGGUUGGAAGAAUUGAAAAAAAACAUAAAUAUAGUGAAUAAAGAAAUAGGGAAUAGAAAAAAAGUAGAUAAAAAUGCAAAUGUUGAUGAUUUAAAAAAAAAAUCCUUAACAAUGAAGGAAGAAAUACCUCAUUUACAGAAUGAGGAGAGAAAUAUGUUAAGGCAGAGAAAUAUAUAUUUGAAUAAGGUGGGAAAUCUAGUUAAUAAAAAUGUGGUUACUUCAAAUGAUGAAGAGAACAACAAGGUUAUAACCACAUGGGGUGUGUGUAAAAGGCUUGAAGUAACUACGGAUGACGUGAUUGAAUGUGAUAAAAAUAGUAGUACUUUUCUUAACAAGAAUGAUGGAAAGCAAAAGAGAGAAGUGGAAACCGACAAUGUGAACAACUCUGAUGGAAUAACCAGCGGAGAUACUGGAACUCUUCCCAAUGAACCCAAAAAGAUAAGCAAUAGUAACAGCAGCAAUGGAAAAAAGAAAUAUUAUUAUCACUUCGAUUUGCUAAGAAAAAUUGGAGGAGCUAAUUUCAAAAAGGGAAUCCAAGUGGCCGGCCAUAGAGGGUAUUACCUGACGAGUGCAGGGUUUUUAUUGCACAAUGCAAUUUUACAAUAUGCCAUAAACUUUUUAGUGGGAAAAAAUUAUACUCCUGUAUAUCCACCACUUUUUAUGAAGAAAAGCAUAAUGGAAGAAUGUGCUGAAUUGGAUGAUUUUCAAGAAACAUUAUACAAAAUUGCUUCAUCUGGAAGUGCAGGUGCUGAAGUGGGAACAGGUGCUGAAGUGGGAACAGGUGCUGGAGUGGGAACAGGUGCUGGAGUGGGAACAGGUGCUGGAGUGGGAACAGGUGCUGGAGUGGGAACAGGUGCUGGAGUGGCAACUGCUACCGCUGUAAGUGUUCAUACGAGAGAAAACAAAUCAGACAAAACAAACCCCAUCUCCCAUGAUCAACUUAACAGGGAUGAUUUGUUUCUCAUUGCUACAUCUGAGCAGCCAUUGUGUGCUUUGCACAAAGAUGAAACUAUAGAAUCGAAACAUCUUCCAUUGAAGUAUGCAGGAGUUUCUUCUUGUUUUAGAAAAGAAGCAGGAGCACAUGGAAAAGACAUCAGAGGAAUAUUACGAGUUCAUCAAUUUGAUAAAAUUGAACAGUUUUGUGUGGCCCUACCACAUAAAAGUAGUGAAGUUCAUAAAGAAAUGAUAAAAACAUGUGAAGAAUUUUAUCAAUCAUUAAAUAUACCAUACAGAAUUGUAAGCAUAGUGUCGGGUGCACUUAACAAUGCUGCCUCUAUCAAGUACGAUUUGGAAGGGUAUUUUCCCUCAAGUAAUCAAUACAGAGAAUUGGUAUCCUGUAGUAAUUGCACAGAUUACCAGAGUAUAAAUUUAAAUGUGAAGUAUGUAGAUUCAAGUGUCAAAAUGACUGAAAUAAAACAAGAUGGAAAGAAAAAUAUAAAUAAUCAAGAUGAUGAAAUUGGAAGUGAUUAUGAACAAUUUUUACAAGACUUUCAAACAGAAAAUAGAAAUCAUGUUCAUUUGCUUAAUGGCACUAUGGUUGCUGCUCAACGAUUUUUGUGUUGCCUUCUGGAAAAUUACCAAAAUGGAUAUGGUAUUGUCGUUCCAGAGAAGCUUCGCCCUUAUAUGAACAAUACUGAGUUCAUCCCAUUCAUUGAAUGA